GCCUAUGACAGUCGGCAGUUGAUGGUGACACUAUUUGUUUGCCUUUGGGGCGUGAGGCUCUCCGGUUAUUUACUAUAUCGCAUUAUAAAGUUGGGCCCGGAUAAACAGUUCGAGGAUACCCGCCGCAACAUAAUACGCUACGCGGUCUUUUGGACCUUCCAGGCCGUAUGGGUUUACAUUGUGUCACUGCCUGUAAUAAUCAUCAACUCACCGCGCCACUCUCAGCCGCGUGCCCCAAAGACCAUGACCACAUUGGACUCCACGGGAACGGGCAUGUUCAUCGUUGGUUUGCUGGCGGAGACCUAUGCGGAUCUGCAGAAGUUCUCCUUCCGCCAGGAUCCAGCCAAUCAGGGCAAAUUUUGCAAUGAUGGCCUGUGGAGCGUGUCACGGCAUCCCAACUAUUUUGGCGAGGUAGUCAUCUGGUGGGGCAUCUUUGCCAUAUCGCUGAAUGUGAUCAGCGGCCAUGAGUGGGUGGCGAUUGCCUCACCCAUUUUUACCACAAUGAUCAUCCUUUUCUUGUCAGGCAUACCUUUGCGAGAACGAAGUGCCGAUGAAAAGUACAAAGACCAGCUGGAGUACCGGAAGUAUAAGGCUUCAACCUCGCCGCUAAUCCCAGUGCCUCCUGCCGUUUACGUGGAGGUUCCCAGUGCCCUGAAGUUCAUUCUGUGCUGCGAGUUUCCCAUUUACGACUCCAUGCGAAUCCAGAAGGAUCUCAGUCCGUAUUCGUUGUCGAUAGCACGUUCCCACUCCCACAUCUAGCAGUCAGUGGCCCACUCCAGCAGCGCGGCUGGCGUGGGUCAAUUGAACGCCCACGUGGGAGGUCACUCUGGUGGCCACUCGGUGGGUCAUUCGCUGCACCGGGGUCAGUGCUAUGGGGCAAAUGGCGGGGAUGCCGAGAGCCACCAAAACUGCGGCGGAAGCUGCCGGAACGUCCAUGUGAAGUCGAAUCCGUACCAGUGCGAGGCGGGCUACGGUCACUAUCCGGUUUGUCACACAGACGACGACACGGAUGACGGGAUCAUCUAUAUGGACCGCACACACUUGUAUCACGAGCAGGAACAGCACCAGGUGAAAGCAGUGCCGAGCACCAAGUGCAGCUAUUUAGCCGAGGAGGAACUGGCCUCCGAUUACGACGAAGAUGUGCCGGCUAUCGAUCUCAGCAAGGCUACCAGUGUAGAGAGCUUCGGCACCCGUGUGCAAACGGAGCAGGUCGUGAAUGCUGAUGGGUUACCCGUAACCGUGACCACGAUUUUGUGAUUGCCACUUUAAGAUUGGUUCACGAACUAUGUAAGGUUGUUCGGAUCGGGUUUUUAUAUUGGAAGUACAAAGGGUGGAACUCUUUUUUGUGUUUUUUAUAAAACUUCCACUCCUUAAAUAUGUAUCAUAUACGCCUCGUUAGCCAGGGAAAGGUUCUUGUAAAUAUAAUGACUUACCCCUAGGCUACUUAUGUAAUGAUUUAACUUCGUAAGCCUCUAAGCGAACCUUAAAGGUAUUAUCCUAUAUUUUAGCUACCAUUUCGUUCCACCCUCUUGUACAGGAUGUAUUUUUUUGCUGACAAAUGCCAAAGUACCGGAUAGUACCAAGCAUCUUGGAUACUCACAGCUGUCUAACACUCUAGUCACUAUACUAUUGUUGCUCAAAAUAACUAAUGUGCCUCUUAUGUGCUAUGCGCACCCUUAGAUUGUUGCACUCUUUCAAAGUUUACGCUAGUCUCUGUUGAACUCUCGUUACUCCGCGACAACUGUUGCCCCCCAGAUCAAGAAUGAACUACAAAUAUAUAUGUAUAUAUAUAUAUAUCUAUAUCUCAAUUGCAUAUUUUCGUAUCGAACCGCAAAUACCACACCCCACCAAACAAAAGGAAUCGAAUCGGAAUCUGAAUCUGAAGCCAUUUAAACUGAAACAUAUCCCAAGGCAACGGCAACCCAACCAAAGGUCGAUUUACACAUACAAUAAGUACAAGAAUUGUCGCAGUGAAUUACGAUAGAGGACGUUCGAUAGCCAUUGUUAUUUUAUAUACAGGAAUAUCUACUCUAUGUAGCUAAAGAGAAAUAAACCAAAAAAAUGUAUGUACGUUACCAAAAAAUGUUCUCGAUAAGUGUACGUGUCUGUGUCUAGUUUGUGUCUCAAAUGUUAAGCAGUAUUACCUAAUGAAAGAAUUGUACCUAAUUGAUUAUGCUGAGUAUGGAAACUAAUAAACAAAACUAAAGAAAA